AUGGCACCAGCUUUGUUGAUUGACGAUAGCGGCAGUUCUAGUCCCGCAUCCCAGAGCAGCGUCUCACUUGGAUCGAUGGAUUCAGCUCCUGCGCUCGUCACUUCUCGCAGCCGUCGAGCCCGCCGAGGUCGCGAUCAUCUCGGUAGUCCUUUACUCAAACGCAGUGCAAGAGGUCCUCCGUUGUUCCUGGAAAGCGCUUCGGGCAACUGGCUGUCGGUGGUAGAUGGAGAGAAGGCCUGGAAGAUCUUUGACGCAUCUGGAGGUGCCGCUGUAUCGAACAUUGGUCAUAGGGAUGAAAGGGUGUUUGAGGCAGUAAGGAAGCAACAAGAGUCUGGAGUUGGGUAUGCCGCAUCGAUGAGUUUUCACACCGAAGUAGUGGAAGAUUUCGCAGACUUUCUUCUUGAAUCAACCGAUGAUAAGUUGAAAGAAGUGGUAUUCUAUGGGUCUGGUUCUGAAGCUAACGAGGCAUCACAAAAGCUAGCCUACCAAUAUCACUCCAAGCUGAAGCCAAAUCCGCAACCUCAACGCAGCUGGUUCAUCGCUCGCGAUCGUUCUUACCAUGGAGCGACUCUUGGUGCUCUCGAAACCAGUGGACACAAAGGCCGCAAAGAGAUUUACCUACCCAUCUUGCCUGAGAAGACGCAGUUCAUAUCUCCUUGCAACCCUAGCCGCGAUAUGAAGAAGGGAGACUCAGUAGCUCAAUAUGUCGAACGACUCGCAGAUGAGUUGGAGCGUAAGAUCCUUGAUCUUGGUCCCCAUACAGUAGCAGGCUUCGUGAUGGAGCCGGUCGUUGGCGCGGCACUUGGCUGCGUCCCCGCACUACCCGGCUACCUUACAGCGAUGAAGCGAGUAUGCAAGAAAUACGGCGUACUUUUGAUUCUGGAUGAGGUCAUGUGCGGCAUGGGUCGCACCGGCUAUAUGCAUGCAUGGCAAGAAGAGGAUGUCGUUCCAGAUAUCCAAUUGGUAGGCAAGGGUAUCGCAGGCGGCUAUGCAGCCCUUUCCGCGAUGCUGGUCGGACCAACCAUUGUGGAUGCGAUGGGAGACAACGCCUUUGCCCAUGGUCAUACGUUCCAGAACUUCCCGACUGCUUGCGCUGCUGGUCUGGCAGUUCAAGAGAUUGUUCAACAGGAUAACCUUCUGGAAAAUGUUCGCGACAAAGGGGAGAAGCUCAUGCAGAAGCUACAAGCUCGUUUGGGCGAUCAUCCCAACGUGUUCGACAUACGAGGAAAGGGUCUCUUCAUAGGAAUUGAGUUUGUGCAAGACAAGCUCACCAAAGCGGCUUUUGAUCCGGAAGUCGCAGUGACCUGGAGGGUACAUGAGCUAGGUUCCGGAACGGUUGACGGCAUUCGCGGCGACCACAUCAUCAUCGCCCCUGCAUACAACGUCACCGAUGAUGACGUCGACUUCAUCGUGGAGCGCGUCAGUAAGACUAUCGUCGAUUUCUUCGAGGAGCUCAGCAUCACGCCCAAGUUGUAA